AUGAGUGAACAUUUCAGUCUAUCGCCAUCAAUACACAUAUACAGGACCUUUAUAAGGGAUAUCAAACUCUAUAUAUUUUCAAACAGUCUACAAAAUGAGCUAAAAAAGGUGAUAAAAGUGAAAAUACGGAAUAUUAUCAAACAAAAAAAAGGCAACAAAAUCUUUACUGAAUUACAUAAUUUACAGUCAAAUAUUCGAAGUAGAAAACUAGAUGAACUUAAAAGUUAUCUAUACUUACAAACAACAAAAUCCAUUGGGGAAAACAGAUUUAACUUAUCAAAAGAUUUAACUGCCAAUAUCAAUAUUAAUAAUUCCAAAUUCAUAUUGCAAAAUCAAAUUUACAAUGAAUAUUUGAAAGACCAACGCCGUAAACUAUUAAUUCCUCCAGUCAGCUCAAAUGAAAUAUUGACCAAAAAAUUAUUAUGGCCAUUAGCUAUGCAUGAACAUUAUUUAACGAAAUUGCAAAAUAUAGAAAGAAAAAUCAGGAAUCCGCCCAAAACCUAUUUAAGAUAUACGUCCACACAUUUUGGAAAAAUAUGGUUUGUUAUGAGUCCGCUAAAUAAAAAGAAAAGACAAAGCCCUAAAUUAACCAAUUUUAUAGUGAAUGUAAAGAAAAAUGGACAAAAAUGGAUAGAUGAAUGGGAUUAUUUGAUUUCAGAUGUUAAUAAAUGGACCGUAAUGGAAGCAUAUUGGGAAUCCAUGCUUGGAAAUUAUGAGCACGAUACUAAGUUGCAUACAUACCAAUGGUUUGUUAAAGAAAGCUCGAAAAUAUUAGGUGCAAAGGAACAUGAAAUGUCAUGGAAAAACCCGGAAUAUAAAACUCACGAUGAGAUACUUAAUGACUGGAUGACGCCGAUCUUGGCUAAUUUCAUGCAUUUGAACAAAAAAUAUGAAAGUUACAGAAAUAUGCUGAUCAACUAUAAAGAAAACAACGUUGCUACUGAGUUCAACUAUUUUCAAGAAGAAACCAUGAAAAUGUACGAGAAAAGAAAAAAAAAAUUCGAUGAAAUGCUGGAAACAGCUUUACCGCUGGUGAACCCCUAUUCAAAGGAAAGAAACCUAGAAAGUGUAUUAAAAAAUUAUCUAUUUUUACCUAAUAAGUGUUGA